CUCUCUAUUAUCUGAUGACCCAAAUGCGCAGUUUUGCUUGAGUUUGUUUGUUUUGACCACAAUUUUGUCCAUUGUACCUUACAUCCACUUGUUGACAAACAAACCUGUGAGGGCAGAAUAAUCCUAGUUUGCAAUAGUUUCGCAGCUAAAGAGUGGUCACAGCCAAAAUAUCUGACAAAAAGGGCUACUGUCGAAUCUUCCGCAGCUAUUCUGCCAAGAAUAAACUUUAAGGGCUAGCUAUAUAAUAGCAUUGAAAAACCCUGUAUGUAUGCAGGGUCUUAAAAAACCAUGUAAUAACAAAGCAAAAAGGCGUAGGAACAUAGAAACUGUGAAAUAGAAAGACGUUGUUGAACAUCCAAAAUGGACCGGGCGGACUUCAUGAGACUAAGGUUCUCCUCCUCUGUCAAGUGGAUAUUAACAACACCGAGCACAUGUCCUCUUCCCAGUUGCGUAGGCUAUCUUUUGCACAGGGCAACGUUCUAGUUUCCACACACUUAUUGCUCAAGGCCAUCUUUUGCGCAGGGCAAUGUUCUAGUUUCCACACACUUACUGCUCAAUUAGCUCAAGGCCGUUACCAGACUCUAUACGUCACCAGCUUCAUCCACAACUACCGACAGUAGCUCGCUAGAUACCCUGCUUUGACUACAGGUAGUAGGUGCACAACAACUGCAAGCAAUAUACAAUAUUAGUAGCAUUCGUUCUUGAAGAAAUAAUUUUGAACCCAUAUCUUUGGCUGUAGGUACACAACAAGUACAACCAAUAUACAAUAUUAGUAGGAUUCAUUCUUGAGGAAAUACUUUUUGAACACAUAUCUUUGGCUAUAGCAAGUGCAUAACAGUGUACAACACUGUUGCUCCACCAAUAGUUCCGAUUCUAUCUGGCCACAGUUAUAACAUCGGAGCUUUGCCAUCCUCAAUAAUAAAAACCAAGCAACAAUGAAUGAACGUGACUGGUGAGGCUAGUUCACACCCAAUCAGUACCCUGUGGAAAAUCUUUUGAUUUGGAGCUAUGAACUGGUGAGGUCACAAACGGGGGACCUCAUCCCAUUUAAUUGAGCUGAGGCUCAAGCCCAUGAGCGAGCAAAUUGAAUCAGCAAAGUUAUAACAUCGGAGCUUUGCCAUCCUCAAUGAUAAAAACCAAGCAACAAUGAAUGCAGGGGGUGCUUUUGGUGGGAAUAGGGGUUUGAAACCUGUACCGCCAGAAAAAGGUGUUUUUCCUUUAGACCAUCUUCAUGAGUGUGACUUGGAGAAGAAGACUUACAUGGUAUGCCUAAAAUCUAACAACUAUAAAUCUGAGAAAUGUCGAGACUUUUCAAAGAAGUAUUUGGAAUGCCGAAUGGAAAGAAAUUUGAUGGCCAAGCAAGAUAUAUCAGAGCUUGGGUUUCCGGAAGCAAAUGGCAGUGUAAAGGCAGAAGUUACAGAUUCCAGCAAUGAAGGAUAUGAAAAAGGACAACACAGUGAAUCUAUAAAAAAUUAGGUGGAGCUGAAUUGGAAAUUCUUGGGCUGUUACUCCAAAAGUUGAAUAUAAUGAUGCUGAAUGCCCUGCCUCAUGGAAAGUAAUAUCCCAAAUGUGCAUGUGUCGAAAGGCAACUGUGGUUAAGCAGAGGCUGGAAUACAUCUAAUGAUGUGAUGAGAGCUUAUCACUUUAUAUUGGUACCAUCUUUGAAGCACUCGAUCUUCUCUAAUUUUUUAGCUGAUUGAGACUGCAGAUUGUCUGUAUUUAUCAGCCAAAAUACAAAUAAGUAGCCAAGUAUUUCUGAGUUUGACUCUACUCUAAAAGAAAAGCAGUCACUUCUUUUUCUA